UCCAAUAUUUCUGUCUAACAUGGCGAAAGUAGAAGAUUUACGUGUUGUGAUAAGUGCUAUCUUGUGACUUACUAUGUUUGAAAAUGGAUAGUAGCAUAAUUAAAUAUACAAAGAAAGUGUGAUAAUAGUGUAUAUAUGAAAUAUUUUAUUAUUUAAUUUAAGAAGAAUUUGUCAACAUGUCUACGGAUAAAAUAAAAGUCGCUGUAAGGCUCCGUCCUUUUAAUCGAAGAGAGCUCGAACUGGGGACGCAAUGCGUCGUAGAAAUGGAUAAACAACAAACCAUUCUUCACCAGCCUACAACAUUGGAUAAAGUUGAGAGGAAACAAUCGAAAACCUUUGCUUUCGAUCAUUGUUUCUGCUCAGUGGAUCCGAAUGUUAGCGACUUUGCAUCUCAAGAAGUUGUUUUCGAUUCAUUAGGUAGAGACAUUCUUGACAACGCAUUCCAGGGGUACAACGCGUGCAUUUUUGCGUAUGGACAAACAGGAUCGGGCAAGUCGUAUACUAUGAUGGGAUCGCAAGACAGCAAGGGCAUUAUACCAAGGCUAUGUGACACAUUAUUCGGCUUAAUAGCCGAAAGACAAAAUUCUGAGUUGUCUUAUAAAGUUGAAGUUAGUUAUAUGGAAAUCUAUAAUGAACGGGUACACGACUUGUUAGAUCCUCAAACCAACAAACAGUCACUGAAAGUAAGAGAGCACAAUGUGUUGGGUCCUUAUGUAGAUGGUUUGUCCCAAUUAGCAGUCACGUCAUUUCUGGAUAUCGACAAUUUAAUGGCAGAAGGUAACAAAUCAAGAACAGUAGCGGCGACAAACAUGAACAGCGAAUCCUCACGAUCUCAUGCGGUAUUCACCGUAAUCCUUACACAAACACUGACAGACACGAAAAGCGGUGUAAGCGGUGAAAAAGUCAGUCGAAUGUCGCUGGUCGACUUGGCUGGCUCAGAAAGAGCUGUGAAAACUGGCGCUGUGGGAGAUCGCCUCAAGGAAGGAUCAAACAUAAACAAAUCUCUGACCACCCUUGGCCUGGUUAUAUCCAAGCUUGCCGACCAGUCCUCUGGUAAACAGAAGGAUAAGUUCGUACCUUACAGAGACUCGGUAUUAACUUGGUUGCUGAAGGACAACCUCGGUGGAAACAGUAGGACUGUAAUGGUAGCGACCUUAUCACCGGCUGCAGAUAACUACGAGGAGACUUUGUCUACUUUGCGAUAUGCGGACAGGGCGAAGCGGAUAGUUAAUCACGCUGUUAUCAAUGAAGAUCCGAAUGCCAGAAUCAUUAGGGAGUUGCGAGCUGAAGUGGAAGCUUUGAAAGAGAUGCUGAAGCAUGCUACGGGAUCACCGGUAGGUGAUACACAACGAGUGGAUAUCCAUCAGAAGUUGAGCGAAAGCGAGAAACUUUUCAAAGAAGUUUCUCAAACCUGGGAAGAGAAACUGAUUAAAACGGAAAGGAUACAAAACGAGAGACAGCAAGCGCUCGAAAAAAUGGGUAUUAGCAUACAGGAUUCGGGGAUUAAGGUCGAAAAGAACAAAUAUUACCUCGUGAAUUUAAACGCCGACCCUUAUUUGAACGAAUUAUUGGUGUAUUACUUAAAAGAGCGCACGGUAGUCGGACAGAAAACGACAGGCUCGGAUUUUGAACCGGAUAUACAGCUAUCCGGACUUGGUAUCCAGCCAGAACAUUGUAUUAUAACGAUUGAAGAGAAUGGAUUGUUCCUUGAACCUCUUGCCAAUGCCAGGUCUUGCGUAAAUGGGUCGCAGGUUACACAGAAAACUUCUUUGAGAAAUGGCGACAGGAUUGUGUGGGGAAACCAUCAUUAUUUUAGAAUUAAUUGCCCUAGGUCGAUCGCUGCCGUGUCUGAGCCUCAAACACCCGCUCAAUAUAUAGAUUAUAAUUUUGCGAGGGAUGAACUCAUGUCUAAUGAAAUGAGUAAUGAUCCUAUUCAAGCUGCUAUUGAGAGACUAGAAAAACAACAUGAGGAGGACAAACAAGUUGCUUUAGAGAAACAAAGAAUGGAAUAUGAAAGGCAAUUUCAACAACUUAGAAACAUGGUAUCUCCUUCUACUCCUUAUCCGCCUUAUUCAUAUGAUCCUUUGCGAAUAGGGCUGGGUAAAACAACGCCGUGUACUCCCACUACUCAAAUGAGAGUGGAGAAAUGGGCUCAAGAAAGGGACGAGAUGUUUAAGAGGAGUAUAGGACAGUUAAAAGAAGAUAUUCUAAGGGCAAACUCUCUAGUACAAGAAGCGAAUUUUUUGGCUGAGGAAAUUGGAAGGCAGACUAAAUUCAGUGUUACUCUUCAAAUUCCACCGGCCAAUUUAAGUCCAAAUAGAAGAAAAGGAGCUUUUGUUAGUGAACCAGCUAUUUUAGUCAAACGCGGUAAUUCUAGUCAAGUGUGGUCGAUGGAAAAACUUGAAAACAAAAUUAUUGACAUGCGAGAACUAUUUGAAGACCAGAAAGAACGAGGUGACAGUGUAAAUGAAUUGGAUGAAACGGCAGGUCCUGACCCAUUUUUCGAAUCCCAAGAAAAUCAUAAUCUCAUUGGCGUAGCAAACAUAUUUUUAGAAGUUUUAUUUCACGAUGUCGCUUUAGAUUAUCAUACGCCUAUUAUUAGUCAACAGGGAGAAGUCGCUGGAAGAUUACAAGUUGAACUUAGUAGGAUUGAAGGUACGUUACCGCAGGACAGAAUUUGCGAAGCUGCUUCGGAUAAUUCUUCAGAAUGUAGUCACGAGGAUGAUGAACCUGUCAGUACCUCAAUCAAAUGUAGAGUUCACAUAAAACAAGCCACUGGAUUGCCGCUUUCUUUAUCACAUUUUGUAUUUUGUCAGUACACCUUUUGGAAUAGUGAAUUAGUUGUAGUACCAGACAAGAACAUUGGCGAGAAUAAUCAAAAACAUUCUACUACUGCUAGGUUUGAUGAUGAUAGAAUUUUUACUAUAAAUUUAUCAGAAGAAUUUAUUGAACAUUGUGCAGAAGGUGCACUAUCCAUUGAGGUGUGGGGUAACAGAAGUGCUGGUUUUUCAAAGUACAAACCUGGUUGGGAAGUUGAACAACAGUUAGCUACUGCUCGGUCACUUCUGGAUCGAUGGUCUGAGCUUACUAGAAAAAUCGAACUGUGGGUUGAUAUACUAGAGUUAAAUGACUUAGGAGAAUAUGCUCCUGUUGAAGUUUUAUUAAAAAAUGACAUGCUAACAGGAGGCAUAUGCCAGCUAAGACAGGGUCAGCAAAGGCGCAUACAAGUUCGAGUCAAACCCGUUCAAAACUCUGGUACUCUACCCAUCAUCUGUCAACAAAUAAUUAAAAUCGAAGUGGGCGGUGUCAUUGUCAGAAAUAGACUACAACGACCUUUAGACUCCUACCAAGAGGAGGAUUUAAUGAUACUUAGAGAAAAAUGGAGCGAUGCUUUACAAAAAAGGAAGCAAUAUUUGCACUCGCAGUUACAAAAUUUGUCUGAAAAAAUUGACAAGACAGAGCAGGAUCUUGAAAGAGAAAAAAGUCUGAUGGAGCAAUUAGUUAACUUGACAGAAGAGACUAAUGCUGUUUACAUUCCACAACCUGGCACUGGUAUUCCUGGGGCUCCUGCUAGGUGGAGCCCUCCGCCAGAAAUGGAACCUCAUAUACCUGUUUUAUUUUUGGACCUCAAUGCUGACGAUCUAUCUACACAUACGUCUGGUGAGGAGGUAACAGUUACAGGCAUUAAUUCAAUUCUCCCUAAAGAGAAUGGGAAGGAGUUUUAUGAACUGAAGAUCCUAACGCAUUUAGAGAAAGAUGUGUGUGCAAUAGCAAGCUGGGAUUCCUCUAUACAUGAUAGCCCGCAUUUAAAUAAGAUUACAGAACCAAACGAAAGGGUAUAUAUGAUUCUGAGAAUAACUGUUCGUCUGUCACAUCCUGCUCCAAUGGAUCUCGUACUGAGGAAGCGAUUGGCCAUAAACAUAUAUAAAAAACAAAGUAUCGCCGAAAGAAUUAAGAAGAAAAUAGUGAGAACUGAUGAUAUAACGACGUGCGGAGUUACUUACUUGGUUGUUUCAAAUGUACCUAAAGCUAGUGAAGAGUUAGAAGACAGGGAGAGUUUGGCGCAGUUAGCUGCGUCAGGAGAUAAUAACACAUCGUUGUGCGAUGGGGAAACAUACAUAGAAAAAUACACUAGAGGCGUAAGCGCCGUUGAAAGUAUUUUAACCUUGGAUCGACUUCGUCAGAGUGUGGCUGUGAAGGAAUUGCUUCAGGCCAAGGGGCAACCUCUUAUGAGGAAGACCGUCAGUGUUCCUAACUUCUCUCAGGUAUUUAAAACACGUUUUGCAUCUCUUUCGUUAUUUAACCUUUCUUCUUAUUUAUCGCCUCAGACUUUGGAAAACAAAGGGCUGUUGAGAUUAGAUGCGUCAAGUACUGAAUCAUUGCGUAUGUCAAGAUCUGAGAGUGUUUCAGAAUUAAACAGCGAAUUGCAUGGCAUUAUGCCCUUAAGACCUCGAAGUAGCACAGGAAAAGAAUCUGAUAGCACUCCACCCAAGACCUAUGGAGGCCUUGGCUCCAUUCUAUCAGCCCGCCCUACAUUCCUAAAUCUGAACAUAAAUUUGAAUUCCCUAAGAUUACAACAGCCUACGAGCAGUACAAAAAUGUUUUCAAAUCUCUCAUCACCAGCAAAUACAAAACUGGGUUUGAGAAUGACUACUUUACAUGAAGAACCAGUCAAACCCCUUCCAAGAAAACACUCAUUGGAUUUCUUAACUGAUGAACCUAUUGAAGAACAGUGUGAAGAAGGACUAGAUGAAAAAGUGAACAAUCAGUUUAAUACUAGAGCAGGCAGAAAUGCGAAAAAGAAUAUUUUGCCGACGUCAAGAACCUUGGAUUCUUUAACUGAGUUGGCACCAAAAACCAGCACGCCAUCAGCAAGUUCGAGUGGAUAUGGUUCCCAAGCCGUCUCCAUAACCAACUUAUCCAGCGAUGAUUCCAUGUCGCUAAAAAGUAUCAGCGUGGACGAGACUCCAGAUUUAGAAUAUAAAUCUGUCAGUACUGAAUUACAAACUGUAGCUGAAGACGAAAAGUCGUCUAGUGUUGAGAGAUUAACACUAUCUGAGGAGGACAUAGAAGAUGUGGCAUCUAAUGCAACUUCGGAAGAAAUGGUUCAGAGUUCGAACAGCGAAUCAAAUUUACCUUUAGAAAACGAGAACGUCAAACCAUCGUCACCUGCUAGAGUAAUUCGACGGAAAAGAAGUCAAAACAAGAAUUUAGUUAGCAGAGCGUCGUUCCCUCAGACCCAUCUGAGUAACAAGACUAAUUCUACGGAUAAACUGAGUAUGUCCCACGACAAAGAUUCAAUGAAUAGCUCUAUUGAUCGGUUAGAAGAUGAUAAUGAGAGCAGUUAUGGUUCUCGACUAGAUAUACACAAGAUUUCCGAUGUUCCCGUCCCUGAAUGGGUUGUACUUGGCGAAAGUGUCAGUAUUAGACCUUAUAAUUCGACCGGAGUGGUUGCCUAUAUUGGCGAGACUGAAUUUGCCCCUGGAACAUGGAUAGGCGUAGAAUUAGAUGCCCCAAAAGGAAAGAACGAUGGAAGCGUUAACGGGUCCCGAUAUUUCACAUGCAAGCCAAAACACGGCAUGUUUGUUAGGGCAGACAAGUUAAGUUUUGAUCGCAGAGGAAAAGCAAUGCGAUUGGACAAGGCCGCGAGCAACAAAUGCCUGUUGAAUAAGGAUACCUUGCCAAGAUCAAAAUCGCGAGGAAGUGGAUUGAACAACGUAGGGAUGCGCAUUAAUUCAAAAGCUAAAUAAGUCAUAUAUAUGUAUAUCAUAAAGGCAUCUAUUUAAUCCACAGUAGUUCCACGUGAGCCGUCCUUGACGUGGCAUAUAAUUGUCCUUGCCAUCUCGUAGUUUCAUUGCACUUCGCUGUUUGAUCGCACUAAAUUUUAUAUCGCACUUAUUACGUAGACGUAAAUAAAGGUAUUUAUACGGGAUUCUCAGAUUUAAGUAGUCUAAUAUGGAAUACUUAGUUCUCAAAAUAUUUUAUCGAAAAUUGUCCUUUAAAGUUCAAUAAAAUUGUAAAGUUUUAUGAGUAUUAGUAUUUUUUUUUGUACAGUUAAUAUACAUUUUUAAGUUUUUUAUUAUAAAUAUUUUAUUAUGCUUGUUAAUAAAAUAAACUUAAUAUUUUCAUGGAAAAAGUAAAAGUUUCCAAACAUGCCAAUUAUUUACAAGGAAAUUUAUUCCAUAAAAAAUAUUUUUUGAAAAUAGAUUUGUGUUUGGAAUCUUUUAGUUUUUCUAUAUUAAAUGUUAUUUUUUUUAUAUUAAAAGAAUUACUUUAAAUAAUAAUUUAUAAAUAAUUAAUUAUUCCAUAUUGGUCAAAUUAAAACGCAAUAUCCUGUAAUUUAGAGUGAAAAUAAUUCAAUUUAGCGCAGUACACUAUACAAGUUGAGUAUAUAAGUCCACCAAAAUAACGCAUAGUCAAAAAAUGUCCUUAAAAUUACUUUGUAGUGAUAGCAGUCAAUAUUUUAAAACUCUUUUAUCAUGAAAUGGCACCAAAAUAUCAUGUGAUCAAACCGUUAUGAUUGUGAAGACAUUGCCUAGUGAUAGUUCUAUAAACUUGUUAUAUAAUAUGAAUAUUUUAUGUUUAAUUUUUUAAAUCUUUUACCGGUUUUAUUUAAAAAAAAACAAUAUUUGUAACAUCAUUACAACUUUUAUGUUAUGUCAAUAAUAUAGAGUACAAAAUAAAAGUAAUGUGUUUGUAGAGUUAUAAACUCUACACAAAAAAUGUUUGUGGUGCUGUGUAAUGUUUCCAAAAAAUCUCUUUGUUAGUUUUCAAAUAUUGAAUUGCUAGAAUUAUUAACAGACAGUAGAUAUUUUCAUUUUUGAAUUAGGCGAUAUUUUGUGGUUAAUAUUGGAAUUUUUACUUCUAAUAAGUAAUUGGCCAGCGCGCUUUUGCAAUAAUUCGUGUUGUACGUUGAGCCACGUAUCUACCUCUGCUUUUUGGUGAAACACAAUUGAAAUAUAUGACAUUUAGUGGAUGUUUAAAAAUUAGAACGCUAAAAUAAAUCAAAGGCGAGGCGCUUUGAGGUUUGGCUUAAAUCCGUAAGAUUGAUUGUCUUAAGAUUAAUCUCUCUUAAGUUGUAUAGCCAAAUGCUUUGAGCUUGUAUAAGUCAAUUGCAAACAAGAAAUCAAACACUUUUUAAGGCGUUGACUGUGUUGUGUUUAUAAUUUUAUUUGUUUUAUUUUUCGUUAAUUUAAGUGUUUAUUUCUGUGAUAUUCCUUGUUAGUCUAACACCCAAGCACUCAAAAAUAAAACACCAAGCCUAAACGCUUGCUAUUGUUGGAAUGUAGCCUCACUUAUCCAGGCAUCUUUUCAUAAAUAGCAUUGUUUUCUGUGUGCUGUCAGGUUUUAAGACAAGAUUCUUAGAAAUAUAUAACUUUAAUAGAAAAAUUGGUAGUCAACAUAAAAGUAUUUAAAGAGUAAUCUGUGUGUUUUU